AUGGACGAUUGUAACCCAAAUGCAGAGGGUUGGGUGAAUCCUCGCCGUCCCCUCACGGUGCAGCACCCUUGGCGCGGCGAGCUCACUAGAAACGUUGGCCCAUCUCCUCCAGUCUCAAUUUCUCUCGAUCCUCUCUGCACCACAGGCGAUUGUAACCCAAAUGCAGAGGGUUGGGUGAAUCCUCGCCGUCCCCUCACGGUGCAGCACCCUUGGCGCGGUGAGCUCACUGGAAACGUUGGCCCAUCGUCUCCAGCCUCAGUUUCUCUCGAUCCUCUCUGCACCACAGACAAUUGUAACCCAAAUGCAGAGGGUUGGGUGAAUCCUCGCCGCCCCCUCACGGUGCAACGCCCAUCGUCUCCAAUUGCCUCGAUUUCACUCGAUCCUCUUUGUACUGUGAUCGAGAACAAUCGAAAUGAUGAUAGUUGGGUUCAACCUCGCUGCCCCCUCACAGUGAUGCCACCCCCACUUGAAUCUGAGCUUUUUGGUGGCUGGAUCGACAAAUGUAAGAUGGAUUUGGGAAUUUACAAUGAUUCAGUCAACGAAGAGGAAGAGCACGGAUCAGAGAGCAUAUAUGAUUCUUACUUCUCAGAACUCCCUCCUCACCCAUGGCCUAUGGAAGGUGAAAGUUGGGAUAGGGCAGUAGCAGAGGCUGAGAGACACUGUGCAGCUCUGUUUGGAAGUGACUAUACAAGAUACUAUCCAGGAAAUCCACCAUCUAACGAGCCUUGACAAUCUUCCUUGUUCUAUGGCUUCUAGUGUAAAUGUCAAUCGUAAAAGCUUGUUGGGGGCUGUUAAGUCAGGCCGUAUUGCUGAAGUAUGUGACCUAAUCAGCCCAGC